UGCAACCUGAGCUUCCGUCUGCGAAGACAAUUCGGUCUCGGCUACGGAGCCAUGUGAAAGAACAACAACAAUCGCUUCUUCAGAAAUUCCUAAAUGUAAAGCUGUCGCUUGCACUAGACUGUUGGACAUCCCCAUUUCGACAGGCGUCACAGGCAUGCAGCGCUCAAGAAACAGUCACCCACAUGAUGGUCGACUGUCCAAACUUGAGGUAAAUGCGGAGAGAGGUAAGCCUGACAUCGCCUCUCGAGCUAAGACGGUGGAAGCCGUGUUGGACACUACAAAGGCGUCACAAUUGUUCCGAAGUCGCGCCACACAUGGGCAGCCUAACAAUGCAAAUGGCAAUUAAGCCACUCUACAUGUACGUACAUGGAUAUGUAUAGUUGCUGUAGCC